AUGGCUUCCUUGUCCCCCCAGGUCUGUAUCAUACCCGGCGCAUCAGCCUUUUCCGAAUUUCGCCGCCAGGCUCUCGCAUCCCUUGUUGGCGCAAACGACGUCCAGGGGCAGUAUAUUCAUUAUGUCGAACUGGUUGGGCACCCCGAUUCUGGGAGUCACGACCUUCUGAAAAAGUUACUGACCAACGGCCAACACAUCGAGGUUCAAGAAAAAGAAGAUGACGCUUCCGUUAUACUGUACGUGGUACCCAGAUCGGGGACCAUUUCUCCCUGGAGUUCAAAAGCAACGAGCAUUGCCCACGUAUGCGGGCUUCGCAAAGUCGUGGGUAGAAUUGAACGGGGCAUCAGAAUUAUCAUCUCCCUAGAAGAGGGGAAGUCUCUAGAUAAGAGCCCUGCCUUGGACUUCCUUCAUGAUCGCAUGACGGAAACUAUUUCCGAGGAUGAACCCGACCUGAAUCUGUUGUUUUUACAUCAGGAGCCUGGUUCACUACGCACCUAUGACCUCUAUAGCGGUGGACAAUCGCCUACUGAAAUCCUUCAAGAUCUCAAUUGCAAGCUGGGCCUUGCGUUGGAACCUUCAGAAAUCCAGUACCUUGUCGAGGCAUAUUCAAAAGACGGUCCCGUCCCAAGAAAUCCAACCGACGUGGAGCUCUUCAUGUUUGCUCAAGUCAAUUCGGAACAUUGCCGGCAUAAAAUAUUCAAUGCCACGUGGAUAAUUGAUGGCCAAACGAAAACCAACACAUUAUUUGGAAUGAUUCGAAACACCCACAAACAGACGCCCGAAGGGACCAUCAGCGCGUACAGUGAUAAUGCAGCAGUAUUGAAAGGUAGCCAGGGGAGUCAUUGGUCUCCUGAUGAUCACACCGGACAGUGGCAUGCGGUAAAAGAAGUGGUACAUUUUCUUGCGAAAGUCGAAACGCACAACCAUCCGACGGCUGUCUCUCCCUUCCCGGGCGCCGCCACGGGAUCGGGGGGGGAGAUUAGAGACGAGGGUGCGACAGGACGAGGAUCAAAACCCAAGGCUGGUCUGGCAGGCUUCUGUGUCUCUGACUUGCUCAUUCCUGGCCACCAUCAGCCGUGGGAGCUUGAUUAUGGUAAGCCUCAUCAUAUCGCGAGCAGCCUUGACAUCAUGCUCGAAGGGCCUAUUGGGAGUGCUGCGUUCAACAAUGAAUUCGGUCGACCUUGUACGGUUGGCUACUUCAGAACACUCCUCGUGGACAUGAAAAUCGACAAGGAUUCUAGUGAGGUCAGGGGCUAUCAUAAACCGAUCAUGAUGGCGGGUGGCGUGGGCACUGUUCGGCCACAACUGGCGCUGAAGAAUCCGGAUCUCGUCAAAGAUGGCGCUUUCUUGAUUGUCAUGGGCGGACCGGCCAUGCUCAUCGGCCUCGGCGGAGGUGCUGCCUCUAGUAUGAGUUCAGGAGAAGGAUCCGCGGAGCUGGAUUUUGCCAGCGUGCAACGAGGCAACCCUGAAAUGCAGCGUCGGGCUCAAGAAGUUAUCAAUGCUUGCGCUGCUCUCGGUCCACAUAACCCUAUCCUCUUCAUCCACGAUGUUGGCGCUGGCGGACUCUCAAAUGCGCUACCCGAGCUGGCCAAAGAUUCUGGUCUCGGGGCAGAGUUUGAGCUUCGAGACGUUGACUGUGCGGACAAAGGCAUGAGUCCGCUGCAGAUAUGGUGCUGUGAAGCUCAGGAACGAUAUGUACUCGCUGUUGCACAAAAUGGAAUGAACAUGUUCAGGUCAAUUGCCAAACGAGAACGUUGCGAGAUAUCAGUGGUGGGACGGGCGACUAACAAGCAAGAGCUAAAACUCACAGAUCGCCAUCACCCGGCUGAUACCCAUGGCCAGCAAGAUCCGAUUGAUCUCCCGAUGGAAGUACUCUUUGGAAGGCCUCCCAAAAUGACCAGAAACGUCACAUCAAGGAAAGUUGAAUUGCCGGCCUUCGAUGGCAGUUUGAGCAUGUACAUGCCUCAAGCCUCAACGGACGGGCUACUCGAGGAAGCAAUCAGCCGAGUUCUUCAAAUGCCGGCUGUCGGUUCGAAAUCCUUUUUGAUCACUAUUGGAGACCGAACCGUCGGCGGUCUGACGGCUAGAGACCAAAUGGUUGGGCCGUGGCAAGUUCCCGUUGCGGAUGUAUCCGUCACCGCGACAUCUCUCGCGACAGGAAUCAAGACCGGCGAGGCAAUGGCCAUGGGCGAGAAACCGACGAUCGCUCUCAUCUCUCCGGUCUCGUCCGCUCGCAUGGCCGUGGCCGAAUCCUUGAUGAAUUUGACAGCCGCUGAUCUCCCUGACCGUCUUCACCAAGUGAAACUAUCCGCCAACUGGAUGUGUGCUGCUAGUCACCCCGGUGAAGGUGCCGGACUCUACGAAGCAGUCGACGCAUUAGGCAUGGACCUGUGUCCCAAACUGGGCAUUGCCAUCCCCGUCGGCAAGGACUCGAUGUCAAUGAAAAUGAAAUGGCAAGACCAGCAAACCAAGGAAGCCAAAGAAGUUGUAGCGCCUCUGUCUCUGGUGAUCUCUGCAUUUGCUCCGGUACUCGACAUCCAAAAGACCUGGACGCCUCAACUCCGCCGAUAUAAUGAAGUCGGCGAAUCGACUCUCUUCUUUGUCGACUUGGGCCUCGCGCGUCGUUCUUUAGGUGGAUCCAUCCUCGCGCAGUCCUUCAAGCAAAUCGGUGACGAGGCGCCUGACAUCCGCUCUGUCUCCUUGUUCAAGGACUUCUUCGAUGCGACGCAACAACUCCACGAACAGGACCUGGUGCUCGCCUACCACGAUCGGUCCGACGGCGGGCUUUUCACCACAUUGGCCGAGAUGUCCUUUGCUGGCCGCUGCGGUAUCGAAAUCAUGAUCAAUGAUAUUUGCCCGAGUCCACACACUCCGGACGUGAUCUCGGCCCUAUUCAACGAAGAACUUGGCGCAGUUUUCCAAAUCCGGAAAGAAGAUGAGAACAGAUUCAAAGCGUGCUUCGCAACCUGCGGACCUCCACCUGGCCUAAUUCACAAGAUCGGCCGAGUGUCGACCAAAUCUACAAGCCAAAACAUGGCCAUCUACCACGGUGGGAAGCUCAUCUACCGGGCGCCUCGAGGCGACCUGCAACGGAAAUGGUCAAACACAUCGUACUGGCUGCAACGAUUGCGCGACAAUCCUGCCUGCGCGGACGCUGAGUAUGCGAGUAUUCUGAACGACGCUGAUCCAGGUAUCACAUACAACCUCACCUACAACCCCAAGGAGAACAUCAACACCUACAAGACUAGCUUCUUGACUUAUAUGCGGCCGACCGCGCGGCCCCGCGUCGCCAUCCUUCGCGACCAAGGUACCAACGGGCACGCCGAGAUGGCAUUCGCAUUCGACGCUGCAGGCUUUACCGCCGUGGAUGUGCACAUGUCAGACAUCCUAGACCCCAAACCACACCAGACACACCUCGGCGUAGACCACGACCUGUCGUCGUUCACUGGCCUCGCACUUGCAGGCGGCUUCAGCUUCGGCGACUGCCUAGGGGCAGGCCAAGGAUGGGCGAAAUCGAUCCUAUUCCACACGACAACGCGGCGGAAGUUCCAAGACUUCUUCGCGCGCAAGGACACAUUCACCCUGGGCGUCUGCAACGGGUGCCAGGUCCUCAGCAAGCUGAAAGAGCUGAUCCCGGGCGCGAAGACGUGGCCGAGCUUCGAGCGUAAUGAGUCCGAACAGUACGAGGCGCGCGUGUGCAUGGUCAAGAUCUUCGACUCAUCGUCCGGCUCAGGUGUGAGCCCGAGCGUGUUCUUUCACGGCAUGACCGGGUCUAGCCUGCCUGUCGCGGUUGCGCAUGGCGAGGGCCGCGCAUCGUUCACGUCCUCAAACAAUAAAGCGCUUGAUGCAUCGCUGGCUUCAUCCUUCACCUCCAGCCAUCUCGCUCCUGUCCGAUACGUGGACGCGAGGACCUUGAGUCCGACAACAACGUAUCCUGCAAACCCAAACGGAAGCCCAAGUGGUAUUGCAGGCGUGCGCAGCGCCGACGGCCGUGUUUUGGCGCUGAUGCCGCAUCCUGAGCGAACGAUCCUGCAGGGCGUGGCCAGUUACAUUCCCGCCGGAAAGAGUGCUGAGUGGGGCGAGUACGGCCCCUGGAUGCGACUGUUCCAGAGUGCGAGGCGAUGGGUUGGCUAG